AAUCCCAAAGGUCAUUUUAGCCGUGCCGUCGCUUAUAAAACCCCGAGGCCAACCAUCCUAUUGUCAUGCACAGACGAGAGCGAGCCAAGUGUACUACUCCCAGUGAAGCCACACUAGCUAGCCACACCAGCAGCUUGACAAGCUAGCUAGCUAGCUAGGCCGCAGCCAUGUCGGAGGAGAAGCACCACCACUUCUUCCACCAGCACAAGAAGGACGAAGAGGAGCAGCCCGCCGGCGGGUACUCGGAGGCCGUGGCCGCCGGCGAGAGCGAGUACGAGAGGUACAAGAAGGAGGAGAAGGAGCACAAGCACAAGCAGCACCUCGGCGAGGCCGGCGCCAUCGCCGCCGGCGCCUUCGCGCUCUACGAGAAGCACGAGGCGAAGAAGGACCCGGAGCACGCGCACCGGCACAAGAUCACGGAGGAGAUCGCCGCCACGGCGGCCGUCGGCGCCGGCGGCUACGCCUUCCACGAGCACCACGAGAAGAAGAAGGACCACAAGGACGCCGAGGAUGCCAGCGGCGAGAAGAAGCACCACCACCUCUUCGGCUGACCCGCCGGCAAGCGAGCUCCGGCCCGGCCGCCGCGCACCCACCUGCUUGCUCCAAUAAUUGUGGCCAUGAUUUCGCAAUAAGUCCCUUCCGGACCCUUAGCUUGCUUGCUUGUGUGAGACUGAGAGGUGGGGCCCGCGCGUCGAGGUGUGUUCCGGCCUGUACGUGCUUGAUUUUUCUUUGCGUCCGUAAUUGCGUUGAAUAACCGGGAGCGAUGCACGUGUGGCUCCCAGUCUGUCUGUCUGUGGUUGAGUGUCUGUAUCCUGAUGAUCAACUCGUGGAAGUUUUUACACCCGUUUUUC